UUUCAACAUGACCAAUGAUAUCAAUGAUGUAUUUCAACCAGCUUUGACCAACUUUCGUGAUCUUGGUGUAUCUACUUACAAUGAAUUAGAGAAUACUUAGCAUGUUGACACGCUCGGCUACUUUGGAUAAUAUGACACAACAAGAAUUGGAUGACUUUAUUGCUGCAUACCACACAAAGACAAUACUUGACUUGCGAACGAGUUUGGAAGGUAAAGCAGGAUCAGCAGUAGACCAAUGUUUUCCCAAUAUUAAUACUUUGACCAAAUACGAAAGAUCAUCGUCACAAAAACUAUCACCAAGGCAAAAGAUAUGUGUCAACUUUGUCGGUUACAAUUUUAAACGAUAUUUUGUGUUUGCAGCAUGUACAUUUAUGAUCAAGAUUAAGUUGAUAUUGAUGAUUCUUUUUCGACAAGAACAAAAAGCAGCAUAUAUGAUAUCACGAUCUAUUUUGGAUCCUUUGGGCUUGGAAAUACUGUAUCAAAAGUUUGUCACCUAUUGUAGUACGGAAUUGCGCCAGGCAUUGAUGGUAUUUACGGAACCAACCAACUACCCGAUUCAUGUACAAUGCUCGAUUGGGAAGGAUAGGACGGGAUUGGUGAUCUUUUUAGUCUUAUCUAUAUGUGGUGUUCCCGAAGAUGUGAUUGUGCAGGAUUAUGCAAAGACCCAAGUUGGACUAAGACCUGUGUAUAAAGAACUCUUGGACGACAUACAACGAGCCGGAUUGUCGGAACAGUUUUUGGAUGCUUCACCAAAAGUAAGUGGAAUCAUAAAUAAAUAUCCGUUUCCUUUUUUUUUUUUGAAAGACUUUUACUGAUUUGUAUUUCUUUUUAUAUAUAUUAUCAUAGAAUCUUCGAGGUUUAAUCGAUUACAUCAAUAACAAUUAUGGAUCCAUUCAAAAUUACUUGAUUAGUGUAGUUGGAUUAGAUUUAGAAGCUCAAAAUAGUAUUAGAAAGAAUCUUUUGUUGUAAAGAUAUAUAUAUAGUAUAUGUGUGUGUGAAUAAAAAAAGAGGUACGAGGUCACGCUCAUCAAAAAAAAAAAGUCGUAUGUUUUAUUAUAUUAUUGGUCAAUGCUUGUUAUGG